UCACCCCGGGAUCUGGACGGGAGCCUGGCAGGAUCAGUCCCCUACCAGAGCCCUGGAGCAUGGCUGUGUGGGGCCUGGGAGGUCGCCUUGGCUUGCGCGGGUGCCUCGGCGCCCGCAAGCUAUUGUGUCCCCGUUUCCAGAGCCGCGGCCCCCAGGGCGUGGAAGACGGGGACAGGCCACAGCCUUCCUCGAAGACACCCAAACUCCCUAAGAUCUACACCAAAACAGGAGACAAAGGGUUUUCCAGCACCUUCACUGGAGAAAGGAGACCGAAAGAUGACCAGGUGUUUGAAGCCGUGGGAACUACAGAUGAAUUAAGUUCAGCCAUUGGGUUUGCUAUGGAAUUAAUUGCAGAAAAGGGCCACCCGUUUGUGGAAGAGCUUCAGAAAAUCCAGUGCUCCUUGCAGGACGUCGGCUCUGCGCUGGCAACACCGCGCUCCUCAGCCAGGGAGGCUCACUUAAAACACGCCACGUUCGAGGCAGGGCCCAUCCUGGAGCUGGAGCGGUGGAUCGACGGAUACUCCAGCCAGCUGCCCCCGCUCACGGCUUUCAUCCUGCCUUCCGGAGGCAAGAGCAGCUCCGCACUGCAUUUCUGUCGGGCCGUGUGCCGCCGAGCUGAGAGACGCGUGGUGCCUCUUGUCCAGUCCGGUGAGACGGAUGCAAACGUGGCCAAGUUCUUAAACAGACUCAGUGACUAUCUCUUCACGUUAGCCAGAUACACAGCCAUGAAGGAGGGGAAUCCAGAAAAAAUAUACAAGAAAAAUGACUUGUCGGUCCAUGCCUGA